AUACGACGAAUCUGCCGUGAGUUUCACGUGUUUUCAUCAGUUUCACCACAACAUCAUGGCGGCUGGAUUCAAAACUGCAGAGCCUUUGGAGUAUCACAGAAGUUUUCUGAAAGAAAACUGUCGACCAGAUGGGAGGGAACUGGGUGAAUUCAGAACCACUACACUGAAUAUUGGUUCAAUAUCCACCGCCAACGGAUCGGCUUUGGUGAAGAUCGGGAACACAACUGUCAUUUGUGGGAUCAAAGGGGAGCUGACGUGUCCACCGAGUGACGCUCCAAACAAGGGUUAUAUUGUGCCCAAUGUCGACCUGCCCCCACUGUGCUCCUCGAGGUUCCGCCCCGGUCCACCGAGCGAACAGGCGCAGGUAGCUAGCCAAUUCAUCGCAGAUGUCAUCGACAGCUCAAACGUGAUACAAAAAGAGGAUCUUUGCAUUGAAAAAGGGAAGCUCAGCUGGGUGUUGUAUUGUGACAUUAUAUGUCUGGACUAUGAUGGGAAUCUACUGGACACCUGUGUUGUAGCCCUGCUGGCAGCUCUGAAGAACGCGAGGCUUCCAGAAGUUACGAUUAAUAAGGAGACAGACCUGGCUGAAGUGAACACAGACAAGCUCCAUCAUCUCAAUGUGUCUAAACACCCAGUUAGUUCAUCAUUUUCUAUUUUUGACAACACCAUCGUCAUCGUGGACCCGACCGUGGAAGAAGAGACCCUGUCGACAGCGAUGAUGACUGUGGUUACUGAUGAAGAUGACAGACUGUGUAUGCUACAUAAACCAGGUGGGAGCGCUUUAUCUGGAGAGAAGCUGCAGGACUGCAUCAGCCGUGCCGUCACGCGACAUCGCGAGGUCAGCAAGCUGAUUGAGAAAGUCAUGGACAGCUUCGAGCCGGAUAAGUGAAGACAGACACGCGGCCUUGUUCUUUUCUCUAAAAGUUGUAUUUUCCACUGUCAAUAUAUAUUCUUUUUUUUAUCGCAAUAAAACUACUGACAAAUAA